AUGUCCGCCCGCCCGAUAAUUGCCGACGUGCCGCCCGUUGAUGUUCAGAACCCAGCUAAGGAAAAGAAGAGCAAGCAGAUGUGGGAUCGAGAUCGCGCAUCUACCUCUACCAAUGGAACGGGACCGGGAGCACAUGGAAAAAACUCCCCUUCGGAUCUGAAAAUUGAGACUCCGUACUAUUCCCAGGAAGGGUUCACACAUUCGUACUAUGAUUGCUUAUCAAAUGGAAUCGUAGACAUGGAAAGAAUCACUAAAUAUAUGCAUGAUUUACACAUCAAAGGGAUCUUCAAUCAAGCGUCUUAUGAGGAAUUCGUGACAUCAGAAGCAGCAAUGAAUGCUCGCCAAUUCUGCUAUGAUGGAUUGCAACGGAUGCCUAUGGUCAGCUUUGGUGAUUUAGUUUAUGCCAGGACGCUGGAUCACUUUGCCGGACGAAUUCGGGCUGACAUCUUGUCUGCACAAAUAGCUAAUUGUAAAAAUACAAAUAAGCGUGGUGGAGAAAUUGUCGAACGAACACGUCCUCCCGCACUGAAACUUGACAUUUCCAUACGGAACUGCACUCAGCACUGGAUUCUUGAGGACGACCACCCUUUUGUAAAGGUGGACCUGCUUGAUUUAGUUCUACAUUGGCAUGAAAAGAGAGGAACUACUCCAUUUCAGAAAAUUACCGAUCUUUACAGGAAGAUCUUGAGCACGUCAACGUCGCCCCCUCAAGAAAUUCAGAAGUACUCNGAAAGUCUGAAAAACCUGCCACAGAAGAUCGAGGAAACACUUUUAGGAUUCGGUGAAGAUUUGCUCGGAUUAGCACACAAGGAAUUAAUGGCAGCCCCAGGCGCAUCGGUAUGGAGCUCCAGUUUCUACAAACAACUUGGACAAUCAGAUGAAGAACGCAGUAAACAAUACGAGAGGCUUUGUGAAGAAAAGAUCCGGUGGCGUUCUGAGCUCUUUAGAGCCCUUCAAAGAGCUUUGCGCGAUCUUCGAGGCUACGAAUUCACCGUCAACGACGAUGGAUCGAAUUUCACUUGGAUUCCAAAUAAUCGAAAAUCAAAACGGCCCACGUGCGAUGGCAGCAUUAUCGGUGUUAAGCGUCCAACCAUCGACAACUCUACGGAUGACUCCUUUGAAUUAAUGUAA